GUACAGAGGAUACUGCCUGAGUUUCGGGGAAUUUUAGCCAUGGAGAGAACGUGUACUCCGAGGAUCACUUGAAGAAAAGCCCCCUGGAUGUGAAGUUGUUGCAGAUGAUGCACUAAAUGACCGCGUUGAGAAGAGCAGAAGAACGGACACUGGAUCAAUAAGAGCAUUUUGAUUCCGUACCCUGUUUGGAUUGGUUGGAUUUAAGUAUUAUUUCUAUAUAGACCUACAGAACUGUUGUAGUGACUAUACAACACUCAAGAAGAGGUCCUGUCUAUCCAGCUGUGUGGACCAGAGCGGAUAUGAGGCCUCAGCCGGGGGCGCACUGCGCCCUUAGCCCAGGGCGAGCGCUCCUACUUGCGCUUUUAACCCUCUUGUCUGUUUGCCCCGAUAGAGGCUCCGCAGAGCCCUUCCAAACAUUCUCGCCGUCUGAACUGGGUUUGACCCACUUGGCCAUUCAUAACACCACCGGUGAGGUGUACGUUGGUUCUGUUAACUGGAUCUACAAGCUCUCAAGUAACUUGACGAUGCUGAGGAGUCACAUGACCGGCCCGGUAACCGACAACGAGAAAUGCUACCCUCCGCCCAGUGUUCAGUCCUGCCCACACGAGUUGUCUCACAUCAACAACGUCAACAAGCUGCUCCUGGUGGACUACGGCCAGAACCGACUCAUCGCUUGUGGAAGCACUUCGCAAGGGAUCUGCCAAUUCCUGCGCCUGGAUGACCUCUUCAAGCUGGGUGAACCCCACCACCGAAAGGAGCACUACCUCUCCAGUGUAGCCGAGUCCGGGACCAUGUCGGGGGUCAUCAUCUCCGAAGGCAGUCGCAGCAAGCUGUUCAUCGGGACGCCCAUCGACGGCAAGUCCGAAUACUUCCCGACGCUCUCCAGCCGCAAGCUAAUGGUGAAUGAGGAGGAUGCUGACAUGUUCAGCUUCGUCUACCAGGAUGAGUUUGUUUCCUCCCAGCUCAAGAUCCCAUCCGAUACGCUGUCCAAGUUCCCAACUUUUGACAUCUACUACAUCUACGGAUUCAGCAGCGAGCAGUUUGUGUACUACCUCACCCUGCAGCUGGACACCCAGCUGACUUCUCCGGAUGCCAGCGGAGAGCAGUUCUUCACUUCCAAGAUCGUCCGGCUUUGCGUGGACGACCCGAAGUUUUACUCUUACGUCGAGUUCCCCAUCGGUUGCACCAAGGAUGGGGUGGAAUACCGGCUCAUCCAGGAUGCCUACCUGAGCAAGCCAGGCAGACAGCUGGCGAACUCCCUCGGUGUGUCUGAGAACGAGGACAUUCUGUUUACGGUCUUCUCUCAGGGCCAGAAAAACAGAGCCAAACCCCCUAAAGAGUCGGCCCUGUGCCUGUUCACACUGAGGCGCAUUAAGGAAAAGAUCAAGGAGAGGAUCCAGUCCUGUUACAGGGGUGAGGGGAAACUGUCUCUGCCGUGGCUCCUCAACAAGGAACUGGCCUGCAUCAACUCGCCCUUGCAGAUUGAUGAUAAUUUCUGUGGACAGGACUUCAACCAGCCUCUGGGCGGCACCAGCACCAUCGAAGGCAUCCCGCUCUUUAUAGAUAAGGACGACGGAAUGACCUCGGUGGCGGCGUACGACUACCGUGGCAACACUGUGGUCUUCACUGGGACACGCUCCGGCCGCAUGAAGAAGAUCCUGAUCAACUCGGUGAGUCAGUCCAGACCCGCUCUGCUGUACGAGAACGUGGUGGUGGGGGAGGGCAGCCCCAUCCUGAGAGACCUGCUCUUUAGCCCCAACCAGCGCUACAUCUACACCCUUACCGACAAACAGGUGAAGUGUGUUCCAGUGGAGAGCUGUGAUCAGUACACCACGUGCUCCGAGUGCCUGGGCUCCAGAGAUCCUCACUGCGGCUGGUGUGUCCUGCUCAACAUGUGUUCCCGGAAGGACCGAUGCGAGCGGGCAGAUGAACCUUGGCGUUUCGCCUCCAGAGUGGACCAGUGUGUGGAUCUCACGGUUCAACCCAACAACAUCUCCGUCACCAUGUCCGAAGUCCAGUUGGUUCUCCAGGCGAGGAACGUCCCGGACCUGUCUGCAGGGGUGAAUUGCUCUUUUGAGGACUACACUGAGACUGAAGCCAAGAUACAAGGCUCUCGAAUCUGCUGCCUCUCGCCCACAGCCAAGGAGCUCAUCCCCAUCACUCGCCACCAAGGUGAUAAGCGGGUGGUGAAACUUUACCUGAAGUCAAAAGAGACGGGGAAGAAGUUCGCCAGCGUGGAUUUCAUGUUCUACAACUGCACUGUCCACCAAUCGUGCUUGUCCUGCGUGAACGGCUCCUUCCCCUGCCAUUGGUGCAAGUAUCGUCACAUGUGCACGCAGAACGCCAACGAGUGCUCGUUUCAGGAAGGUCGGGUCAACAUGUCCGAGGAUUGCCCUCAGAUCCUGCCCUCGACUCAGAUCUACAUCCCGGUGGGGGUAACGAAACCCAUCACCCUGGCCGCCCGCAACCUUCCGCAGCCACAGUCAGGCCAGAAGAACUACGAGUGUAUCUUUCACAUCCAGGGCGAGACCCACAGCGUCACUGCCCUGCGCUUUAACAGCUCCAGCAUCCAGUGCCAGAAAACCAUAUAUAACUACGAAGGGAACGACAUCAGUGAUCUACCUGUGGAUCUCUCAGUGGUCUGGAAUGGAAACUUUGUCAUCGACAACCCCUACAAUAUAAAAGCACAUCUGUAUAAGUGCUACGCCAUGAGAGAGAGCUGCGGGAUGUGUCUGAAGGCCGAUCCGCGCUUCGAAUGCGGCUGGUGCGUGCAGGACAAGAAGUGCUCCCUCAGGCAGGAGUGCACGGCACCCGAGAACACCUGGAUGCACGCGUCCACCGGGAACAGCCGCUGUACGCACCCCCGUAUCAUAAAGCUCUCUCCAGAGACUGGACCACGCCAGGGAGGUACCAAGCUCACCAUCACUGGCGAGAACCUGGGCCUGCAGUUCCGCGACAUCCAGAACAGCGUCCGCAUCGGCAAGGUGGCCUGCCAGCCCAUUGAGGAGGAGUACAUCAGCGCUGAACAGAUCGUGUGCCGCUUGGCGGAUGCUACGGGCUAUCGCGUCCAGGAGGCUCAGGUUGAAGUGUGUGUGAGGGACUGCCAGCCCGAGUACCGAGCCAUCUCUCCUAAAGCCUUUACAUUUGUGUCUCCGUACUUCUCACGCGUGGUGCCAGCUCGCGGGCCGCUCUCCGGCGGGACGAAGAUCACCAUCCACGGGAGCCACCUGAAUGCCGGAAGCGCCGUGGCCGUCAAGAUCGGACUCAACACCUGCCACUUCGAGAGGCGCAACGCCAGGGAGAUCGUCUGUGUGACCCCUGUGGGUUUAAGCACCGGAGGUACUCCGGUCAUGGUGGACAUCAAUGCUGCAGAGCUGAGGAACCCUGAAGUGAAGUUUAACUAUACGGACGACCCCACCAUACUGAAGAUCGAACCCAACUGGAGCAUCACAAGUGGUGGUACCCCACUGACUGUGACUGGAACCAACCUUGCCACCAUCACAGAACCCAAGAUGAGGGCGAAGUUUGGAGCAAUUAAGUCCAUCAAUAACUGUACAGUGGUCAAUAACACGGUGAUGAUUUGCCUGGCCGCAUCAGUGUCCGGUCCAGGUUCUGAGAAAAGUAUGUCAGAGACGGGCACUAGUCCGGAUGAAAUAGGCUUUAUUAUGGACAACGUCUACUCGCUGCUGGUGGUCAACGAGAGCUUCAGUUACUACCCCGACCCCUGGUUUGAACCUUUCUCGCCUUCCAUAUUGGAGCUCAAGCCGGGAUCACCCCUCAUCCUCAAGGGCAAGAACUUGAUCCCGUCGGCUCCUGGUAAUGCCAGGCUGAACUACACGGUGCUGAUUGGAGAUGAGCCGUGUGUGCUGACCGUGUCAGAAGCUCAGCUGCUGUGUGAAUGGCCCGACCUCACCGGCCAGCACAAAGUCACUGUGCGCACCGGAGGGUUCGAGGUCUCCCCUGGAAUGCUGCAGAUCUACUCGGACAGUCUGCUCACCCUGCCCGCCAUCAUCGGCAUCGGCGCCGGAGGAGGCCUGCUCCUUCUCAUCAUCAUCGUCGUCCUCAUCGCCUACAAGCGCAAGUCCCGCGACGCCGACCGCACCCUCAAACGCCUGCAGCUGCAGAUGGACAACCUGGAGUCCAGAGUAGCCAUAGAGUGCAAGGAAGCGUUUGCUGAGCUGCAGACUGAUAUUCAUGAGCUCACUCAGGAGUUAGAUGGAGCAGGAAUCCCAUUCCUGGACUACCGCACCUACGCCAUGAGGGUGCUCUUCCCGGGAAUCGAAGAUCACCCUGUGCUGAAGGAGAUGGAGGUCCCGGCUAACGUGGAGAAAGCAUUGACGUUGUUCGGCCAGCUGCUAACCAAGAAACACUUUCUCCUGACAUUCAUCCGCACCCUGGAGGCCCAGCGCUCCUUCUCCAUGCGUGACCGGGGCAAUGUGGCCUCGCUUAUCAUGAGUGCACUGCAGGGGGAGAUGGAGUAUGCCACAGGAGUGCUCAAGCAACUGCUGUCUGACCUCAUCGACAAAAACCUGGAGAGCAAGAAUCACCCCAAGCUGCUGCUCCGCAGGACGGAGUCUGUGGCUGAGAAAAUGCUGACGAAUUGGUUCACCUUCCUCCUGAACAAGUUUCUGAAGGAGUGUGCCGGCGAGCCUCUCUUCAUGCUGUACUGUGCCAUGAAGCAGCAGAUGGAGAAAGGGCCGAUAGACGCCAUCACCGGGGAGGCACGCUACUCUCUGAGCGAAGACAAGCUGAUCAGACAGCAGAUCGACUAUAAGACCCUGACCCUGCACUGCGUCAACCCCGAGAACGAAAACGCCUCCGAGGUGACGGUCAAAUGCCUGAACUGUGACACCAUCACUCAGGUGAAAGAGAAGCUGCUGGACGCUGUUUACAAGGGCAGCCCGUACUCUCAGAGACCCAAGGCGGGGGACAUGGAUCUGGAAUGGCGGCAGGGCAGAAUGGCCAGGAUCAUCCUCCAAGACGAAGACGUCACCACGAAAAUCGACAACGACUGGAAGCGCCUCAACUCCCUCGCUCACUACCAGGUGAUGGACGGCUCGGUGAUGGCUUUGGUCCCUAAGCAAAACUCUGCCUAUAACAUCUCCAACUCCUCGACAUUCACCAAGUCCCUCAGCAGAUACGAAAGUAUGUUGAGGACAGCCAGCAGUCCGGACAGUCUCCGCUCAAGGACCCCCAUGAUCACUCCGGAUCUGGAGAGCGGAACCAAGCUGUGGCAUCUGGUAAAGAACCACGAUCAUUCGGACCAGCGAGAGGGAGACCGUGGAAGCAAGAUGGUCUCUGAAAUCUACCUGACACGCCUGCUCGCGACCAAGGGCACGCUGCAGAAGUUUGUAGACGACCUGUUUGAGACCAUCUUCAGCACAGCUCACAGAGGCAGUGCACUUCCUCUUGCUAUCAAGUACAUGUUUGAUUUCCUGGAUGAGCAGGCCGACAAACACCAGAUAACAGAUCCAGACGUCCGGCACACGUGGAAGAGCAACUGUUUGCCCUUAAGAUUCUGGGUGAACGUUAUAAAGAACCCUCAGUUCGUUUUCGACAUUCAUAAGAACAGCAUCACGGAUGCCUGCCUGUCUGUAGUAGCUCAGACCUUCAUGGACUCGUGUUCCACAUCAGAGCACAAGCUGGGCAAAGACUCGCCCUCCAAUAAGCUGCUCUACGCUAAAGACAUCCCCAACUACAAGAACUGGGUGGAGAGGUAUUACUCUGAUAUCUCUCGGAUGCCAGCCAUCAGUGAUCAGGAUAUGAGCGCGUAUUUGGCUGAGCAGUCUCGUCUGCACUUGAACCAGUUUAACAGCAUGAGUGCCCUGCACGAGAUCUACUCUUAUAUCACCAAGUACAAAGAUGAAAUCCUGUGUGCGCUGGAGCGGGACGAGCAGGCGCGCCGGCAGAGGUUGAGGAGUAAGCUGGAACAGGUGAUCGACACCAUGGCUCUGAGCAGCUGAUCGGGGCUCCGAGCAUCACGCCACACAAACUGAAGUCACACACUCCCCCACCCAAAAAAACACACACCGCAACCAACUGGUGCAGUACACCGGAGCUACAAACAGAGCUGGGCACACACUCAUCCUACGUGUGUGCGUGUGUGUGUGCGUGUGUGUGUGUGUCUCAACACAAGGACACAUCACAGAAACCAUUAUGAUCAUCGUCGGUGUAGAAUCUUUGUUUUAUUAACGUUUCGUUGUGUUUAAUGUGUGCUGGAUUUCUUCACACAUCAACACACACGCAGUUUUUUGCCCAUGGUGUUUGAAAACCGAAGAAGAAGGAGGAGGAGAAGUCCAACGGACGCUUUGGUUGAUCAUGUGGUACAACCCGGGGUUUACGUGACAAGGGAGGCAAAGGAGUUUAGGCAUUUUUGUGCGAUAGUUUUUGGGUUUUUUGUUUCUGUUGUAAUGGAUUGUACUGGACUGCCCUCUCUCUGCUCUUUUGCCACUCGUGUUACUGCUGAAUUUGCACAGUUUACAAGAAACAGUACAAAGGACAAAUCUUCAGAAAUUAUAUAUGUAUAUAAAUAUACUGUUCCAUUUUCAGCCCAGAGCUACCAUUGAGAUUUUUUGCAAUGUAUCACUGAACAUGAUAGAGUCGAAAAAUUAGAUAUUUAAGUGAAAGAAAAAAAAUUAACAAAGGAAGGAAGAGAAAAAAAAAACAAUCGAGAAUAUGAAUAAAAUGUCGUCCUGUGCCAUGUUUUAUUUGAAUGUCGUUUAGUGAAAGGCAUUUUGUUACAUGGGAAUGUGCUAGAAUUUUAUUAUUAUUAUUAUUAUUAUUAUGAUUAUUAUUAUUAUUUUCUAUGAUCUUGCCUGAUGACUGAUAUGUUCGGAGUAGUGAAUAGUGCAGGUAAGCUAGAUCCUGACUUUAGAAGGUAGAGAGUUUGACUUUUUGCUCUCGGCUCUGUGAACCGAACCUGCUCGUCUCUCUGCGCUUGUCGCGUUAUGGGUGCCACGCCCGCUCUCUCUCCGUCUCGAUUUCCUUUCCGCUGUGCUGAACGUGGCUCGAAUUCCCGUGGGGUCAUGAUCUGUGGAUGUUUGAACUGAUCGCGUACGAACCUUUAUGAAUGCUGAACGUCUAGGGUUGCCAGAUUUUACCUUUGCGAACCACACACGACAGGAGGUGGCUUAAAUGCUUGUUUUUAAUAGAAAAUCUACACGAAAUCAAUUCUGAAGCUUUGAUAAAUAGAA